AUGGCUCCACAACUGUACGUCUUUCUGCUGGUCUUGGCCUUUUUGCGAGCUACAGCUGAACCAGAAUGUCAGAAUCUUGUCAAGCCUUUGGUGUUGGACCGCCACAGCCCGAUAUAUGGGAAGUGGGUGCUCCAUGUUGCGUCAUGGGACAAAGAAGAACUCAAAGAUGGCCUGUUUUCUCUAAAAGCGACUAUGAUGGAAGUGUCGGCUCACGCAGACAAUGAGCACUUGACAGUUUAUUGGGUCGAUCGCAUGAGAAAGGAUGACAGCUGUCUCCAGGGUCUGAUCAAUUCCACUGUGUCUGGACAAACAGUCCGCGGUGCAUAUAAUAACAAUGGCCACACUAUAUAUCGAGAGGGGAAAUUCUAUGAGACUUGUGCUGACUGCCUGUUGUCUGAGGACACCAUUUGUGGGCCUGAUGGAACCUCAAUGGGACGCUUCCUCUUCCUGUUCACACGCUCUGGCAAACUGGAGCCUUCUCAUUUGGAGACUUAUAAGAAGCAGGCAAAGUGUCUGGAGUUCCCUGAGGAGUUCUUUUUCACAUCAGAUGAUCCUUGCCCAGAUCAGAGGGAAACGGUGACUUCUGCAACAGAGAACAAGCCUGCAGCCACAGAAGCACCAGCCAAGUCAGGUCACAGAGAUGUAGUUGGAUCUCAUCAGUCAUCAGAUCUGCAAGAUUAUUACAAACCCCGGAACAUCAAAAAGUCAAAAAGACAGUUCUGGGUCAAAAAGUCUUAA